ACCAACUUCUUCAUCGCUUUCGCCUGCGACUCACACCACCAUGCCAAGCUUCACCCGCCGCGUCCGGCCAGGCGUGACGCCGACUCUGGCCUCGUCUGGUCCAUCUUCCACGACCAAUCCUACGCACACGACCCCCUCCCCAACGCCGGCUUCAUGGUCUUCUCUGCCCGGCACCAAGCCCUACCCCUCCGCGCCCCUCCGCUUCGUCUCCACCGGCCUUCCGUCCCUUGACGAUGUGCUCGGCUCGCUGCCCCUUGGUGCUGUUCUCACCCUCCUCGCGCCAGACCCGCAUACGCAGUGGGCUCGCCUUGUUGCGCGGCACGUCGCGGCCGCGGGGCUGCUGGACGGACAGCGGGUAGUCGUGCUUUCGAGGGAUGGGGGAGACUGGGUCGCGGGCUUGCCGUGGGUUGAGGGCGAGUCGGGACUUGAGAGCGAGUCUGAGACUGAGGCGAUGGAAGACGAUGGGAGAACGAAGAUUGCGUGGCGAUAUGAGAGGAUGGGCAAAUUCCGGACGAGUGUUGGCUCCUCGCGCCUCGCGGCCAACACAACCCUUCCCGCCUCGAUGCGGGCACAGCUCGAAGCCAGCGGGACCAUCUCCUACGUCGACCCCGGUGACAGCCUGACCUCGGCACUCGAGGCGGUCGCUGCCGCGCUAGAGGCCGCUCCAAAGGAUCAGGUCGUGCGCGUCGUCGUCCCAGACCUCGGAUCGCGAGACUGGCCUCUCUUGAGCGCGGCGGAGAUCGUUCGCUUCCUUCUUGGCCUGCGUGUGCUCCUCCGUCCCCGCCCCGCCGUGGCGGUCGUGACCUUCCCUCCAUCCCUCUCAACCUCUCCUCCCGCCUCAUCCCCGUCCUUCUCGUCUUCUGAGUCCUCCACCUCUUCCCCUGCCACAUCUUCUUCUUCUUGGAUCACGUCCCUCGCCCACGCCUCGGACGCCUGCCUCACCCUUCAAGGCUUCGGCACCUCUCCAGGCCACUUCCGCUCCUUCGCACCCCUCCACGGCCUUCUCACGCCUCAUGCCCUGCCCAGUGCACACCACCUCUUGUCUCCGGCGUGCCGACACAGCACGCUGCUGGGCGUCAAAGACGGCGGGGAGCAGAACCUCGGAUUCCGGCUCAAGAGGAAGAAGUUCGUCGUCGAGAGCGUACAUCUUGGCAUUGAGGGCGGGACGAGCGAGCGGCGGACAGCGCCCGUCGAGAAGCCCGCGGAGAAGAUGGCUGAGGCGGAAGGUGUGGAGGGUGUGGAAGGUGUGGAAGGUGUGAAAAGUGUGCUGAAGACUGGCUCCUCUGGUUCAGGCGCGGCGGCGAAAUCCGUGGCGACGGAAAAGCAGCUGGAAGAGAAGACGGAGAAGCCCAAGAAGCCGCGGGCACGGGUGCGCUUCGGUGGUGAUGAGGUUGCUGUCACUCUUGACAAGCAUGAUGACCACCCCCACCCCCACUCCCACUCCCACUCCCACUCCCACUCCCAUAGUCAUACCAAGCCUAGGGUCGAGAUCCGGCAUGACCGCCCGGAUCUGUACGAGUUCUAACUCUACUACAUCUGCAUUGCAUGCUGUGAUACAACAG